AUGGGUAAUUGCUUAGAUUCAUCAGCUAAAGUGGAUACUAGCAGCCAUAGCCCACAUGCUAAUUCUGCUUUUUCGGCGUCAAAAGUCUCGAGCAGGACAAGCCUUUCGACGUGUCCUUCAGGAACAAGCACAAAUACUUACAACACAGGAGGGAGCAGUUUAGGAUCAUUGCCAACGCUUAGAACAGAAGGAGAGAUACUUUCAUCGCCAAAUCUAAAAGCUUUCACUUUGAACGAGCUCAAGAACGCAACCAAGAACUUCCGUGAUGAUAGUGUACUAGGCGAAGGAGGUUUCGGUCGUGUCUACAAAGGAUGGAUCGAUGGAACAACUCUCGCUGCUUCACGACCUGGCUCUGGAAUCGUUGUUGCUGUCAAAAUGCUUAAGCCUGAAGGUUUCCAAGGUCAUAAAGAGUGGUUGACUGAAGUAAACUAUCUUGGUCAACUUACUCACCCAAACCUUGUAUUACUAAUCGGGUACUGCGCGGAAGGGGAAAACCGUCUUCUUGUGUAUGAAUUCAUGCCUAAAGGAAGCUUGGAGAAUCAUCUUUUUAGACGUGGUUCGCAGCCGCUUACAUGGGCGAUAAGGAUGAAAGUGGCAGUUGGUGCAGCUAGAGGGCUGACUUUUCUUCAUGAAGCAAAGUCACAAGUGAUAUACAGAGACUUUAAAGCUGCUAACAUUCUACUCGACUCUGAGUUUAAUGCUAAGCUUUCGGAUUUCGGUUUGGCUAAAGCAGGACCUACUGGAGAUAACACUCAUGUCUCCACAAAGGUCAUGGGUACUCAGGGAUAUGCAGCUCCUGAAUAUGUUGCCACAGGUAGAUUGACGGCAAAGAGUGAUGUGUACAGCUUUGGGGUGGUACUACUGGAACUAAUAUCAGGAAGACGUGCCAUGGACAAUGCAAACGGAGGAGCAGAAUAUAGUCUUGUGGACUGGGCAAAACCGUACCUUGGCGAGAAGCGAAAGCUUUUUCGGAUAAUGGACACGAAACUAGGCGGUCAAUAUCCACAAAAGGGAGCUUUCGCAGCUGCUACUCUCGCGUUGCAGUGCUUAAACCCGGAUGCGAAGCUAAGGCCUAAAAUGUCAGAGGUUUUAGCCACAUUAGAAGAGCUAGAAUCCGCUGCUAAACCUGGAACCAAACACACGCAAAUGGAAUCUCCAGGAGCUCGUCAUUCCUCGGCUGUGCAGAAAUCUCCGGUAGGAGGAUAUAGUCAAGAUCGUCCUCUAACUCCUGGUACAUCGCCUCUGCCUUCUUACAGUCAAUCUCCACGUGUAAGAUGA